AAGUUUAGAGGGGAAGCCUCUGCGUGUGUCUCCCCCCCCCUCCUCCUCCUCCGCUGGCAGAAAUUUAUAAAGAACAAAAAAUCCGACGAGGGAGGGAGGGAGGGGGGUUGAUAUUCGCCGAGGCUGAAAUCGAGAGGCGAACCCAGGGAAAGAGGAGUGUGAUUUCUACACGGGACUUUCCCCCUCUUAGUCCCCCGCAAAAGGAGGGGGAAAAGUCGCAAUAUUUUGGAAAAACCAGGAAGGAAUGAGCUUCUAAGGGGGUGUUUUGCAAGUGUGGAUACUUUAUAUAUAUUUUUAUUUCGGGAAAAAAUAUGGCCGAGAACGUUCUGGACUCUGGCCCGCCUUCAGCCAAGAGGCCUAAACUCUCCCCGCUGUCUGCCUCCGAUGGGAACGAUUUUGGCUCACUGUUUGACUUGGAGCACGAUCUCCCAGACGAGCUCAUCAGCUCCAAUGACUCGGGUCUGGUCAACGGUGGCGACCUCAGCCAGUUGCACACCACACUGGGCGGAGGACCUGCAGGGCUGGGUCCUGGAGGAGGCGGCGGUGGAGGUAUGGGGCUGGGACUCGGUGGAGGACAGGAUGCGGUGGCCAAGCACAAACAGCUGUCCGAGCUUUUGCGAUCAGGGGCGCCCAACGUUACCCAACAAGGUCACCAAGGGGCCAUGGGCAGCCCGGGAGGCCCCAGCGCUAUGGGGCAACACUUGGCGAUCAUGAAGGCAUCUCCAGGCCAGGGGCCUCCGCAGAUGAUGGGCCAGCAGCACCUGUCCCCUCAGCAGCAGGCCAACAUGAUGCAGCAGCAGAACGCUGGGAUGAUGGGUGGCAUGAACAGGACCAUGAUGGCAGCGCAGCAGAAAGGCAAUAACGGACAGCAGCAGCCAGGCAUGAUUGGGAGCCAGGUGAUGAAUGGCUCCCCCAGGAUGGGCUUUGGGAAUCAGGGGAUGGGUGGCAACAGCAACCUCUUGGCUGAAACCCUUCAGCAGCAGGGAGCCGGGGGCCAGGCCGGGAUGAGAGGCCAGCAGCCCGGAGCGAUGAACAAGAUGGGGAUGAUGGGGAACCCAGGGGGCCCUUUCGGAGGUCCAUAUGCAGGACAGGGGAAUCAAGGUCUGGGAGGCGCAGGGCUGGGCCCUCAGCUCCAGAGCAAAGGUCCCAUGCCCACCAGCCUGGCCCAGUUCAGUGUGGACAAGAAGAACCAGCCCUUGCAAGGAAUGGCCGCCAUGGGCUCCCAGCAGUCACAACCCGGUGUUGUGGGCCCCUCUGGAGCCCCUGUGGGAGGAUCUCCGGGUAUGGUACCGAACGCCGGUCUGGUGGGUUCGCAGGUUUCCGCAGCUUCCGCUGCUGCCGGAGCCCCGCCCACAGCCGACCCCGAGAAACGAAAGCUGAUCCAGCAGCAACUGGUCCUGCUGCUCCACGCACACAAGUGUCAGCGGCGGGAACAAGCCAACGGGGAAGUGAGGCAGUGCAACCUGCCCCACUGCCGCACCAUGAAGAACGUCCUCAACCACAUGACGCACUGCCAAGCCGGCAAGUCCUGUCAGGUGGCUCACUGUGCAUCAUCGCGGCAGAUCAUCUCUCACUGGAAGAACUGCACGAGACACGACUGUCCGGUCUGCCUGCCGCUGAAGAACGCCGGAGACAAGAGGAACCCGCAGUGUGAGUCUCUUCUGGGAGCAGCAGCUGCAGGUCUGGGCAGUUCUCUCGGGUCGUUACCCGGCGGUCCACCGAGCGCCCCGAACCUCAACCCCCCGAGCCAGAUCGACCCCAGCUCCAUAGAGAGAGCCUACGCAGCGCUGGGCCUCACCUACCAGGGAAACCAGAUCCAGGUCCAGACCGCACAGCCCAACAUGUCCAACCCCGCGCUGCAGGGCCAGGCCGGCAUGAGGCCUCUCAACGCAAUGGGCCCGAAUCCUAUGGGAGUGAAUGGAGGCGUGGGAGCCUCCACUCAGAGCCAACAGUCCAGCCUGCUGCAGGACACCAUGAUGCACCUCAACGUCAACACACAAGGUCUGAUGAACGAUUCCAGUGGGGUCGGCUCCAUGCCCACAGCAGGCCCCCCCUCGUCAUCAGGUAUGAGGAAAAGCUGGCAUGAAGACAUCACACAAGACCUGAGAAACCACUUGGUACACAAACUCGUUCAGGCCAUCUUCCCGACUCCAGAUCCCGCUGCUCUGAAGGACCGGCGGAUGGAGAACCUGGUGGCCUACGCCAGGAAAGUGGAGGGAGACAUGUACGAGUCGGCCAACAGUAGAGCGGAGUACUAUCACCUGCUGGCGGAGAAGAUCUAUAAGAUCCAAAAGGAGCUGGAGGAGAAGAGGCGGACGCGGCUCCAGAAGCAAGGUAUCGGCAUCGGGCCGGUUGGCCUGGGUCAGCCCCCCACUGGCCUGCCUCCAAACGGUCCCCUCCCUGACCCAUCAAUGGUUCGACCCACCGGACCAAAUCAGAUGGUCAACAGAAUUCAAGACCCAGGUAUGAAUCAGUUCAAUCAGAUGGGGAUGCAGUCGAUGGGCCAGAGGUCAACGCCUCCUCUGCCCAUGGGACCAUCUGGCAACCAGAUGGGAAUGGUGGGACCCAGGACUGGGCAGCCGAAUGUGAACCAGCUGCAGAACCAGUAUCUGUCCCAGGGACAGUUUCCUGGAUCAGGACCAGGAGUUGGAGCAGCUCAGGCGGGGAUGGCUCAACCUGGAGCUCAGACAGGGAUGGCACAGACGCAGAUGGGCACCCCCCCCUCUCUCCCGGUCUCGAGUCCUCUCGCACAGCCGGGAUCGGUCGGCGGUCCCGGCAGUGUCCCCUCAGUGGGGCCCAUGGGUCCUCAGAGCGUCGGUGGUGGAGCCCCCCCUUCCUCCAUGACUCCAUCGAACACAAACCAGCAGCCCAACUCCCUCCCCCACCUGGCAGCCAUGCGCAGCUCGCCCUCCCCCGCCCACAGCCGUUCUCCCACCCCUCACCAAACACCGCCCAGACUCGCCGGGUCCCAGACGCCGCAGCCACACACCCCCAACGCAUCCACGCUGGGGCCACCUUCAGCCCCCCCACAGAGCCAGGGUCCCGGCUCCAACAAGCCCCUCCAGCAGCACAUGGGGUCGUCGGGCUCCACCACUCCGUCUCACCCGGGGAUGGGAUCCAGCUCAACGCCGCACGGGUCUCAGCUGCCACGCACUCCGUUGUCCCAGAAGGGUUCAUUCCAUGCGGACAAUCAGGCUCUGACCCCGGCCUCCGUCAGCAGCCUGGACACUUCCUCCCAGCAGCCCCAGUCCAACGCUUCGACCGCCAACCACGACUCCAAGAUGGAGAUCAAGCGGCAGGACGAGGAGGAGGAGGAGAGCGACAGCGGCAGCUGCUCCAAGGGAGGGAAGCUCAGCAACAUGAAAACAGAAGAGAAACCUGUGAAGCUGGAGGUGAAAAAGGAGGAGUGCUCCCGAGAGGGAGGGAAAGGGCUUCCCAUGGAGUCAUCGACGACGAAGGUGAGCGUGAAGACGGAAGAGAGGAAGCCGGAAAUAAAGAAGGAGGUGAAAGAUGAAGAUGAGUCGUCGGAUUCAGCCUCAGCGCAGACUGCAGCCAAGAAGAAGAUCUUCAAGCCAGAGGAGCUCCGCCAGGCUCUGAUGCCCACCCUGGAGUCUCUGUACAGACAGGAUCCAGAGUCUCUGCCCUUCAGGAUGCCCGUGGACCCUCAGCUGCUCUGCAUACCUGACUACUUCGAUAUUGUGAAGACUCCAAUGGACUUGUCCACUAUCAAGCGAAAACUGGAUACAGGUCAGUACCAGGAGCCGUGGCAGUACGUGGACGACAUCUGGCUGAUGUUCAACAACGCCUGGCUCUACAACCGCAAAACAUCCCGAGUCUACAAGUACUGCUCCAAGCUGGCUGAGGUGUUCGAGCAGGAGAUCGACCCGGUCAUGCAGAGCCUCGGAUACUGCUGUGGGAGGAAGCUGGAGUUCUCCCCUCAGACACUCUGCUGCUACGGAAAGCAGCUGUGCACUAUUCCCCGAGACGCUGCUUACUUCAGCUACCAGAACAGCACUCGUCGAAUCACACCAAAACUAUCUCGAUUGAUAAACAUCACGACAGGGUACCACUUCUGUGAGAAGUGCUUCAACGAGAUCCAGGGGGAGACGGUUUCCCUGGGCGACGAUCCCACCCAGCCACAGACGUCGAUUAACAAGGAUCAGUUUGAGAAGAAGAAGAACGACACACUGGAUCCUGAACUACUCGUUGAAUGUUUGGACUGCGGCCGAAGGAUGCAUCAGAUCUGUGUCCUGCACCAUGAAACCAUCUGGCCCUCGGGUUUUGUAUGUGACGGCUGCUUAAAGAAGACCAACAAGACGAGGAAGGAGAACAAGUACUCAGCCAAAAGGUUGCCUCAGACAAAGUUGGGCAGCCACCUGGAGAACCGAGUGAACGACUACCUGAAGCGGCAGUGCUACACGGAGGCCGGAGAAGUUCACAUCCGAGUGGUGCACGUCUCCGACAAAGUGGUGGAGGUCAAACCAGGCAUGAAGUCCAGAUUUGUGGACAGCGGAGAUAUGUCGGAGUCGUUUCCCUACAGGACAAAAGCCCUGUUUGCGUUCGAGGACAUCGAUGGUAUUGACGUCUGUUUCUUCGGGAUGCACGUCCAGGAGUACGGAUCCGACUGCCCUCCGCCCAACCAGAGGCGAGUUUACAUCUCCUACCUGGACAGCGUUCACUUCUUCCAGCCUCGCGGUCUCCGAACAGCCGUCUACCAUGAAGUCCUGAUCGGAUACCUGGAAUACGUCAGGAAGUUGGGCUACACCACUGGCCACAUCUGGGCCUGCCCACCCAGCGAAGGAGACGACUACAUCUUCCACUGUCACCCUGCAGACCAGAAGAUCCCCAAACCCAAACGCCUGCAGGAGUGGUACAAGAAGAUGCUGGACAAAGCCGUGGCAGAGAUAGUGCACGACUACAAGGAUGUGUUCAAGCAGGCGACAGAGGAUCGAUUGACGAGUGCCAAUGAGCUUCCUUACUUUGAGGGCGACUUCUGGCCCAACGUCCUAGAGGAGAGCAUCAAAGAGCUGGAGCAAGAGGAGGAGGAGAGGAAGAGGGAGGAGAACAGCACGUCCAACGAGAGUAUCGAUGAAACGAAAGGUGACAGUAAAAACGCAAAGAAGAAGAACAACAAGAAGACGAGUAAGAACAAGAGCAGCCUGAGCCGAGCCAAUAAGAAGAAGCCGGGGAUGCCCAACGUCUCCAACGACCUCUCGCAGAAGCUCUACGCCACCAUGGAGAAACACAAAGAGGUGUUCUUCGUCAUCCGGCUCAUCGCAGCUCCCAUGUCAUACUCCCUACCCCCCAUCACUGACCCCGACUCCCUGAUGGCCUGCGACCUGAUGGACGGCCGCGAUGCUUUCCUUACUCUAGCCCGGGACAAACACCUGGAGUUCAGCUCGCUGCGCAGGUCCAUGUGGAGCUCCAUGUGCAUGCUGGUGGAGCUGCACAACCAGAGCCAGGACCGCUUCGUCUACACCUGCAACGAGUGCAAGCACCACGUGGAGACGCGCUUCCACUGCACCGUCUGCGAGGUCAGUUUGGGAAAGGACUACGACCUCUGCAUCACCUGCUACAACACUAAGGGCCACGUGCACAAGAUGGAGAAGCUGGGCCUGGGUCUGGACGACGAGAGCAGCAACGCGGCGGCCGCCACCACCCAGAGCCCCGGGGACUCGCGCCGCCUCAGCAUCCAGCGCUGCAUCCAGUCGCUGGUGCACGCCUGCCAGUGCCGCAACGCCAACUGCUCGCUACCGUCCUGCCAGAAGAUGAAGCGCGUGGUGCAGCACACCAAGAGCUGCAAGAGGAAGACCAACGGGGGCUGCCCCAUCUGCAAGCAGCUGAUCGCGCUGUGCUGCUACCACGCCAAACACUGCCAGGAGAACAAGUGCCCCGUCCCCUUCUGCCUCAACAUCAAGCACAAGCUCCGGCAGCAGCAGCUGCAGCACCGGCUCCAGCAGGCGCAGAUGCUGAGGCGCAGGAUGGCCAGCAUGCAGAGGGUGGGACAGGCCCCCCCUGGAGGAGCUGCGGGAGGCAACGGGUUACCUUCUCCCAGCGCAAACAACGGGUCAACAGCGCCUGGCACGCCGACGUCUGUGGGGGGGACGCAGCCUCCUACACCGCAGACACCGACGCACGGGAACAUGCCCGCUCUCCCCCAGCCGCAGGGAGGGAUGGGGGGGAUGGGACAGCAACAGCAGGUGCAGCAGCAAGGUGGCCCCCAGCAUCACCUCCAUCAGUAUCAGCCCGUGGGUAUGGGAGGGGGGAUGAUGAACUCUCCGCAGCAGCAGAUGGUUCCUCAGAUCCAGCCUCCCAACGUCCAGCAGCACCAGGGGGGUCUUCCUCCCUACAACCCCAGACCGCCGGGGGCUUCACCUCUGCAUCAGUCUCUAGGAAAACCAGGAUCCACCCCGCCCCAGCAGCAGCAGCAGCAGCAGCAGCAGCAGCAGCAGCAGCAGCAGCAGCAGCAGCAGCAGCAACCCAACCCAGGGGGGUCCAUGCCUGGGCAGAUCCAGCAGCAGGGGCCCCCUCUGGCUGCUGUGGAGACGGCGCUGAAGAUUCAGCGGCUCGCAGAGACCCAGAGACAGAUGGCCCAGGCCCAGGCUCAGAUACGAGGCAUGGGUCAGGGGGGUUUGAUGCCCCAACAUCCGCACCACCAGACCCCCCAGGCCCAGAUGGGGAUGCCCCCCCACAUUGGGGCGCAGGGCAUGGCCUCUCAGCCUCAGGGAGUCGUCGGCAGAACUAUGUUAGACCAGCAGGGCAUGUUGGGGGGUAUGCAGCAGCAGGGCGGCCCCCAGUCACAGCUGCCGCCCCAGGUACAGCAGCAGCUCCAGCAGGGGGGCGGGGGGCAGCAGUGGGGGGGUGGUGGACCCCCUACCAUGAACCCCCAGCAGAGGAUAAUGAGUCACAUGCAGCAGCAGCAGCAGCAGCAGGCAGGGGUCCCUCAGCAGGCCAUAACUCAGCAGCAAGGGGCCCGCGGGCUGAUGCAGGUGAUGGGGGUCUCAGGGGUGUCGGCGGGGGUCCAGAAUUCAAUAGCAGCCGCGGCGGCGUCAGGAAACCUCCCCCAGGCAGCGCUGCAGGAUCUGCUGAGGACCCUGCGCUCCCCCAGCUCCCCCCUGCAGCAGCAGCAAGUCCUCAACAUCCUGCGCUCAAACCCCACCCUCAUGGCAGCUUUCAUACGUCAACGAGCAGCCAGGUAUCAGGGGGGCCCUGGAGGGGGUCCAGGAGGGGGGCCUCCACAAGGGGGUCCACCGGGGGGUCCUGGAGGGGUGAGGUUCCCGGGGGCUUCUGGAGUCCUGCCCGGUGUGGGAGUGGACGGGCAGCAGCAGGUCAAUGUGAACCAGACGGGGGUUAACAUGGCUCAGGGGGGGGCAGCGGCAGGGGGGAAUAUGCCCACCAUGGCUCAGCUUCAGCAGCUACAGCAGCAACAACAACAGCAACAGCAGCAGCAGCAGCAGCAACAACAACAACAACAACAACAACAGCAGCAGCAGCAGCAGCAGCAGCGCCCCAUGUUACCAGGGAAUCUACAGCAGAUGGCUGCAUUACAACAGCAGCAGGGAGCAAUGCAACAACAACAACAACCAGGGCAACCAGGCAACAUCGGCAACAUGAAUCCACAGUUCAGAGAAUUGCUGAUGAGGAGGCAACUUCUGCAGCAACAACAGCAACAACAACAACAACAACAACAGCAACAACAACAACAACAGCAGCAGCAACAGAUGGGGAACCACGGGCAGUUCCAGCAGCAGCCAGGCCAGCAGGGCUUCAUGCAGCCUGGCCCGGGACAGCCAGGUUUGCCCCCCUCUGCACAACCACAGCCCGGAGGUGGAGGUGUCCCCCCCCAGCAGCAGCAGCAGGGGGGGACAGGAGCACAGGGCCAACAGCAGCAGAGCUACACUAACAACAUGUCGCAGGUGGCUGCAGCGAUCCACCAGCGGCUGCAGCACCAGAUGCAGCUGCAGCAGCAGAACUCCCUGGGUCCGGACGGGGGUCAAGGGGGUCAGCCAGUGGGGGUCGCAGGGGGUGCACAGACAACCCAAAGCAUGCUGCACCAGAACAUCCACCAGAGGCUCCUGCAGCAGCAGCAGCAGCACCUUGCGGGGGGGUCACCGGCGCAGCACAGCAGCCCCAUGAGCCCCCAGCAGCAGAUGGCGCAGUCUCCGCACCCCCACCUGCAGGGUCAGGGGGGUCUGAGUGCAGCGGUUCGGUCGCCACAGCCGUCGCCGAGGCCUCAAUCGCAACCGCCUCGAUCCAGCCCCUCCCCCCGCAUGCAACCCGCAUCGCAACCCCCCCCUCAGCCGUCGCCGCAUCGCAUCUCCCCGCAGACCGGCUCGCCGCAUCUGGCGCAGCACCACCCCAACAUGGCGCCGCCGCAGAACCCCCCGCCGCCGGAUCAGUUCAGCGCGGAUCAGAACUCCAUCAUGUCGCAGCUGAGCGGGAUGACGGGGAUGCAGCCGGACAUGUUGGGGGGGAACAACAACAACAACAACAACAACAAUAACAAUAACCCGGAGCUGCAGACGAACAUUAACCACAACAGUUUGGACCUGAUGUAGCCGCGCCGCUCUCCGCCUCUGAUCUCAAACCCGUGGAGAGCGAGGCGGGACUUUUCUCUUUCUUUUUUUUUAGACGUUUUUAUUUUUUAUUUAAAUAUUUUUGUGUAAUAAAUAUGAACUGCCUUCCUAUGGGAGAUAAAUCUUUAGAAGUCAAUAAAUGAUAAAUUAAAACCAAUGGUAAGUUAUUGCUGUUAAUAUAUAUCUAUAUAUAUUUUUGCCAAUUGUGUACAAAAAGGUGGAAAGGGGGGGGGGGGGCAGCGUUUUCAGGUUGAAGAUAUUUCUUCCUCGAUAUUUUUGGGGGAUUUUUUGCCUUUUUAUGAAUAUUUUUAAGAUUUUAAAUGUGGGUGAAGAAUUAAAAGUGAGUGACACGAUGUACCUUUUUCCCCUUCCUCAAAUACCCAUAAUUGUAUUUUGCAGAGUAUAUUUUAUUUCUGAAUUCUUUAUUAUGUUUCCUCCCCCCUCGAUGAAAUCAGACAUAUCUUCUGUUACAGGAAACUGUACAACAAUCCACAUAUAUAUAGACUUUAUUUUAUAUGGGAAAGGGAGGGGGAGGUAAAUGCAUUUUGUUUCCGGGGUUUAUUAAUUAGAAUUAAGAAACCUCAGCAGUGUUUUUUGGGGGUCGUAUUUUUCUGCAAACAAUCCGGAGAACAAAUCCCUUUCUUCUCCCAUGAAUGUGCACACCUUCCUUUUUAUCCUACAACCAAGGGAGGAGGAAAGCCCCCCCUGUUUGAAGCUGGACGACGUUAAUGUACAUAUAUUUACAGCCUUGUUUAUAAACUGUGACAGCCUGCCUGUACCCUCACAGUCCUUACCCCCCCCCCCCACCCCGGGCCGUUCAAUGUUGUACAAAGUGAGAAACCGGUGGACUGAGAUACUGUUUUUCUAAUGAAAUUUGAAAUGUAAAAAAAAAACACAUGCCUGUAAAUACUUUAAAAACCUUAUAAGCAGAGGGAGUAUUUUUCUGCUGCUUGUCGUCCCCCCCCCCCCCCCCCCUUUCUUGUUUGGAUAUUUGCUGUAUAAAAACACACAGAAACUCCUGAGCUACUGUACAGUAUUGAGAUUCUUUUCUAAGCAGCUACAGUGUGGGGGUGUCGAAGGUCACAAGCGCCUUUUUCUGUGUAUUUUUGACAAGGUUUUCGGGAGGGAGGGGUCAUUGCAAACACACCUGAACAAUCUCACAGAGGUGGACACCUGGAAGAAGAGUAAAUUUAGCUUUUUAUGGACUGAAGCUCACUAUUUUUCUCACAAAAGGUUGGGCUUGCUGGGUAUAUAUACAGCGGGGGGGGGGUGGGGGGAGGCAUCCGAACCAGGUGGCAAUAUAUCUUGAGACUUAUUUUAUAAGAAAACAAGGAAAAACUGUCUUUUUUAUAUAUAGAUAUAUUAUUUAAUUUUAUUUUUUUGGAAAUAAAACUUGAAGCUACAGGAAUUAUUAGAUAAACGAUGUUUUUGUUUUGUAUUAAAGAUGUUAUGGUGAUGCAAGAAGACACAGUUUCCCCCCGCGGAGUUUAUCAUGACAAGUGUUUCCUGGAUCUAGUUGUAAACUGAAUCACUGUACAAACCCGAUGGCAACUGAACAAAUACCUUCUCUUUUCAAUCAUUUCUUCUGCUCAACAGAGACUGGAAAUAAGACUUAUUUAAAUAUUUGUUUUUAGUAUUACAAAUGGAAAAACUUUGACCACUUUCUUUUCUUUAACAAUUUUUUGGUGCUCGCUGAGAGAAAGCAAAAAUAACUGUUGCUCCCUUUUUUCAUUAGUUUCUUUUUUUCUAAGUUAUUUUGGUGGUCUGAUUGUUUUUUUUUUGCCAAUAAAUUAAUUGUACAAUAAAGUAUGUUUGUACCAUUGGAAAAAUA